UCUCGCCCGACAAACGAUUAAGCACAAUGUCCAGUAACAGUGGUACGAAGGAGUUGUUGAUCCAUUCUAUAAUAGAACUAUUAGAGAGAGAGAAGAAAACCUCUGUAGAGAAAGGCGAACAACUGGAAGUUGCAAUACAGUGUAUUUCAGAGGCAUAUGGUUUGGAGGACUUCGAUGGAACCCGAAGGUCCGUGGAACUCCGACAUAAGCUGGAAGACGUUUUCGAGAGAGGGUUACAUUCAGUGCAUUCCGAAGACCAAAACGUCCAGAAGAAAGGUAAAAGUGAAGACUCUCUCUCUGGCUUUGAUUCUUUUCUGGAAACUCUGAGACGAACCAAUUACUUUCAAGGAGUUAAGCCGGGGACCGAGGAAUAUGAACAACGAGUGCAAAAGGCAAAGGAAAAGUUUUUACAAAAGUUUGGAUCAAAGGUGACUGAGAAAAGUACAAAAGAUAGCCCUCCUCACCUUUCCGAAAGAACAGAAGGUUCCUUCGAGGACAGUAAAAAGCAACAAGCGGAAGGUUUGAAGUUGCAAGGUAACGAGUGUAUGCGAGAAGGGAAAUAUCGAGAAGCUUUGCAGAAAUACUCUGCCGCGAUAGAAAUUGAUCCUUUGAAUGCUGUUUUUUAUUCUAACCGAGCAGCAGCAAAGACUCACUUGAAUAUGUUGAGUAGUGCAAUUGACGACUGUAGACAAGCAAUUUCUCUCAAUCCGACCUUUGUACGUCCAAGAGAACGUCUCGCUUCGGCAUAUUAUGAGGCUGGAAUGUUCGAAGAAGCGUUGAAAACAGCAAAGGAAGUUUUAGAAAUGGAACCUGACAAUGGUAGAAUGACUGAGAUAAUUGAGCUUGUAAAGAAAAGGAAUUCUUCCAGUACGAACUCUCCCAGUGGUACUAAUCCUAAUCAGUUAUUCCAGUCGCUGCUUCAGAAUCCCCAGUUAAUGCAAGCAGCCUCCAGCAUGUUUCAAUCUGGCGAUUUGCAGCGGAUGUUUUCACAGACGAGAAGUGGUGCUAAUAAUAACAACAACAUCUCAGAAACAGCGGAAAAUAGUGAAAACGGCAACACCAAUGAACAACAGACAACAACGGGAAACGACGAUAACAUUGCGAAUAUUUUUGAAAACUUACAAAAUUCCCCAUUGUAUGAACAGUUGAAUUCGAAUCCUCAUUUGAGAGCAGCAAUGGAAAGUAUAGAAAGGGAUCCAAACAACCUUAUGAGUUUGUUGAAUAAUCCUGAAGUUAUGAACGCUGCCAUGCAAAGCUUCCAAUCUUUAUUUGGCAACUCCAAUUCUUCACCGUCCAAUCGUUGAUUGAAAAGUCUUGUUUGUAAUAAACGCUCGUCAUAUUCA